AUGUUCCCAGCUUGCCCUUGCCUCUGGGUCCUCGUGGUCCUGGGCUCCAGCUGGGCAGGCUGGGGGAGCCUAGGGGCUGAAGCAGCGCGGCUAAGGCAGUUCUACGUGGCUGCUCAGAGCAUCAGCUGGAACUAUCGCCCCGAGUCCACAAACCUUAGUUCGAAUACUUUUGCAACCUCCUUUAAGAAAAUUGUCUAUAGAGAGUAUGAAGCAUAUUUUCAGAAAGAAAAACCACAAUCCAGAACUUCAGGACUUCUUGGGCCUACUUUAUAUGCUGAAGUUGGAGACAUCAUGAAAGUUCACUUUAAGAAUAAGGCAGACAAGCCCUUAAGCAUCCAUCCUCAAGGAAUUAAGUACAGUAAAUUCUCAGAAGGUGCUUCUUACCCUGACCACACAUUCCCUGUGGAGAGGAUGGAUGAUUCUGUAGCUCCGGGCCAAGAAUAUACCUAUGAGUGGAAUAUCAGUGAGGACAGUGGGCCCACCCACGAUGACCCUCCAUGCCUCACAUAUAUCUAUUACUCCUAUGAAAAUCUGGUAUACGACUUCAACUCUGGACUGAUUGGACCUCUGCUUAUUUGUAAGAAAGGCACCCUAACUGAGGAUGGGAUACAGAAGAUGUUUGACAAGCAACAUGUACUGAUGUUUGCUGUGUUUGAUGAAAGUAAAAGCUGGAACCAGACAUCAUCCCUAAUGUACACAGUCAAUGGCUAUGUGAAUGGGACAAUGCCAGAUAUAACAGUUUGUGCCCAUGACCACAUCAGUUGGCAUCUGAUUGGAAUGAGCUCUGGGCCAGAACUGUUCUCCAUUCAUUUCAACGGCCAGGUCCUGGAGCAGAACCAUCAUAAGAUCUCAGCCAUCACUCUCGUCAGUGCUACAUCCACAACUGCAAACAUGACUGUGAGCCUAGAGGGAAGGUGGAUCAUAUCUUCGCUCAUCCCAAAACAUUUUCAAGCUGGGAUGCAGGCUUACAUAGACAUUAAAAACUGUGCAAAGAAAACCAGGAAUCCUAAGAAACUAACUCGAGACCAGAGGCGGCACGUUAAGAGAUGGGAAUACUUCAUUGCUGCAGAGGAAGUCAUUUGGGACUAUGCACCUAUAAUACCAGCAAACAUGGACAAAAAGUACAGAUCUCUGCAUUUGGAUAAUUUCUCAAACCAAAUUGGAAAACAUUAUAAGAAGGUUGUCUACAAACAGUAUCAAGAUGCAUCCUUCACCAAACGCCUGGAGAAUCCCGAUAUCAAAGAUGGGAUCUUGGGCCCUAUUAUCAGAGCCCAGGUCAGAGACACACUUAAAAUCAUGUUCAAAAAUAUGGCCAGCCGCAGCUACAGCAUUUACCCUCAUGGUGUGACCUUCUCUCCUUAUGAAGAUGAAGUCAACUCUUCCUCCACCUCAGGCAGUAACACCAUGAUCAAAGCAGUUCAACCAGGGGAAACCUAUACUUAUAAGUGGAACAUCCUAGAGUCUGAUGAACCCAUGGAAAAUGAUGCUCAGUGCUUAACAAGACCAUACUACAGUAAUGUGGACAUCACAAGGGACAUUGCCUCUGGGCUGAUAGGGCUACUUCUAAUUUGUAAGAGCAGAUCCUUGGAUAAGCGAGGCAUACAGAGGGCAGCAGACAUUGAGCAGCAGGCUGUGUUUGUUGUGUUUGAUGAGAACAAGAGCUGGUACAUUGAGGACAACAUCUACAAGUUUUGUGAAAAUCCUGAGAAGGUGAAACGUGAUGACCCCAGGUUUUAUGAGUCAAACAUCAUGAGCACUAUCAAUGGCUAUGUGCCUGAGAGCAUACCCAUACUAGGAUUCUGCUUUGAUGACACCGUCCAGUGGCACUUCUGCAGUAUGGGAACCCAGAAUGACAUUUUGACCAUUCACUUCACUGGGCACUCAUUCAUCUAUGGAAAGAAACAUGAGGACACCUUGACCCUCUUCCCUAUGCGUGGGGAAUCUGUGACUGUCACAAUGGAUAAUGUUGGAACUUGGAUGUUAACUACCAUGAAUUCCAAUCCAAGAAGCAAAAAACUGUGGCUGAGAUUCAGGGAUGUUAAGUGUAUCCGGGAUUAUGAUGAUGACUUAUAUGAGAUUACAUACGAACUUUCAGGAUCUACAUCCCUAACUACAAGGAAAAUGCGUGAUUCUUCAGAAAUCAAAGAUAAAAAUAAUGAUGCUGACUAUGAUUACCAGAACAAACUGGCUUUAUCAUUAGGAAUCAGGUCAUUCAGAAAUUCAUCAUCAAAUCAGGAGGAAGAUGAGUUCAAUCUUACCGCCCUGGCUCUGGAGAACAACUCUGAAUUCAUUCCUCCAAGUACCAACAGAACUGUUGGUUCAAAUUCUUCUUCCCCAGGUAACAUUAGCAGGCUUAUUGCCAAUAACUUUUCACAACUUCUGAAAAUUUUUCCUCACCCAGAAGCCACCACAGCUGGUCCCCCGCUAGGACACACCAGCUUAGAUAAGAACUCAGUUCUCAACCCACCCACAGCAGAGCAUUCCAGCCCUUAUUCUGAAGACCCUAUAGAAGAUCCUCUAUACUCAGAUGUCACAGGGAUAAGCCUGCUUCCAUUUGGUACAGAAGAAUUCAGAAAUCAAGAACGUGCUAAACGUAAAAGAUUCAAGGCAGGAAGAGGCCAAGCAGCAAAGCAUAGGUUCUCCCAGAUGGAAUUCCCAGCACAUAAAACUGGUAGACAUUUAAGCCAUGGCAACUCUUCUUCUUCCAGAAUACGGCCCUGGGAGAACCUUCCCAGUGAUCUGUUACUCUUACAACAAAAGGAUCCAUCUAAGAUUCUGAAUGGGGAAUGGCAUUUGGUUUCUGAGAAAGGCAGUUAUGAAAUAAUCCAAGAUACUGAUACUGAUGAAGAUAAGCUGCCAAACAGCCCCCAGAAUGACUCAAGGACUUGGGGAGAAAACAUCCCUUUUAAAAACAAGCAUGGAAAGCAGAGUGGCCACCCAACGUUUUUUGUAACUAGACAUAAACCUCUACAAGGAAGACAAGAUGGAGGAAAUAGUAGAUUGAAGAAAGGCCCUUUUUUAAUUAGGACACGAAGAAAGAAAAAGGAAGAGAAGCCUGCACACCAUGUUCCUCUAUCUCCAAGGAGUUUUCACCCUCUGAGAGUAGAGGCCAACACCCUAUUUUCAGACAGGAGACAUAAUCAUUCAUUGUUACUCCACACAUCCAGUGAAACAUCUCUUCCCGCAGACCUCAAUCAGACAUUCCCCUCUAUGAAACUUAGCCUCAUAGCCUCACUUCCUGAUGGUGAUCAAAACCCCCCAAAUGACACCAGUCAGACAAGCUCCCCUCCAGAUCUUUAUCAGACAGUGAGCCCAGAGGAACACUAUCAAACAUUCCCUAUUCAAGACUCUGAUCCAAUGCACUCCACUACAGUCCCCAGUCACAGAUCUCCUCCUCCAGAGCCCAGCCAGAUACCCGACUAUGACCUAAGAAACAAGGCCUUCCCUACUGAUGUUAGUCAAACGUUCCCUUCCUUGGAACUUGAAGUCUGGCAGACGAUUCUCUCUCCAGACCUCAGCCAGACAACGCUUUCCCCAGACCUUAGCCAGGAGACUCUCUCUCCAGACCUCAGCCAGACAACACUUUCCCCAUAUCUUAGCCAGGAGACUCUCUCUCCAGACCUCAGCCUGAUGUCCCUUUCCCCAGACGUUGGCCAGGAGACUCUCUCUCCAGACCUCAGCCAGACAACGCUUUCCCCAGACCUCAGCCAGGAGACUCUCUCUACAGACCCUGACCAGAUGGCUCUUUCCCCAGACCUUGGCCAGGAGACUGUCUCUCCAGACCUCAGCCAGACAACACUUUCCCCAGACCUCAGCCAGGAGACUCUCUCUACAGACCUUGACCAGAUGACUGUCUCUCCAGACCUCAGCCAGACAACACUUUCCCCAGACCUCAGCCAGGAGACUCUCUCUCCAGACCUCAGCCAGACAACACUUUCCCCAGACCUCAGCCAGGAGACUCUCUCUCCAGACCUCAGCCUGAUGGCCCUUUCCCCAGACGUUGGCCAGGAGACUCUCUGUCCAGACCUCAGCCAGACAACGCUUUCCCCAGACCUCAGCCAGGCUCUCUCUCCAGACAUCAGCCAGACAGUUCUUUCCCCAGACCUCAGCCAGGAGAUUCUCUCUCCAGACCUCAGCCAGACAACCCUUUCUCCAGACCUUGGCCAGACAACACUUUCCCCAGACCUUGGCCAGACAACUCUUCCCCCAAACCUCAGUCAGAUGCCACUUUCCCCAGACCUCAACCAGGCAACUGUCUCUCCAGACAUCAGUCAGACAUCCCUUCCUCUUGAUCUCAGGCAGACAUCACCUCCUCUAGAUCUCGAUCAGACAUCCCACACUUCUGAAUCUAGUCAGUCAUUGCCUCUCCCAGAAUUUGGUCAGACUUUCCCUUAUGCAGAUCUUGGUCAGAUGCCAUCUCCUCCACCACACUCUCCACUAAAUAACACUUUUAUACCAAGAGAAUUUAAUCCACUGGUCGUAGUAGGCCUCAGUAGAGAUGAUGGAGAUUACGUUGAAAUUAUUCCAAGGCAGAAGGAAGAGAGCAGUGAAGAAGACUAUGGUGAAUUUGAUUUUGUGGCCUAUGAUGACCCUUACCAAACUGAUCUUAGGACAGACAUCAACUCCUCCAGAAAUCCUGACAACAUUGCAGCAUGGUACCUUCGCAGCAACAAUGGAAACAGAAAAAAUUAUUACAUUGCUGCUGAAGAACUAUCCUGGGAUUAUUCAAAAUUUGCACAAAGUGAAGACACUGAUGAUGUUUCAAAGGACACCAUAUACAAGAAAGUAGUUUUUCGAAAGUACCUUGAUAGCACUUUUAACAAGCUUGAUCCUCGGGGAGAGUAUGAAGAGCAUCUUGGCAUACUUGGUCCUAUCAUUAGAGCUGAAGUGGAUGAUGUUAUCCAAGUUCGUUUUAAAAACUUAGCAUCCAGACCAUAUUCUCUUCAUGCCCAUGGGCUUUCCUAUGAAAAAUCAUCAGAGGGAAAGACUUAUGAAGAUGACUCUCCUGAAUGGUUUAAGGAAGACAAUGCUGUUCAGCCCAACAGCACUUAUACAUAUGUAUGGCACGCCACUGAGCGAUCAGGGCCAGAAAAUCCUGGCUCUGCCUGUCGGGCUUGGGCCUACUACUCGGCAGUGAACCCGGAAAAAGAUAUUCAUUCAGGCUUGAUAGGACCCCUUCUGAUCUGCCGAAAAGGAACACUUCAUAAGGAGACCAACAUGCCUGUGGACAUGAGAGAAUUUGUCCUACUUUUUAUGGUCUUUGAUGAAAAGAAGAGCUGGUACUAUGAAAAGAAGCCCACGAGGUCUUGGAGACGCACAUCCUCAGAAGUAAAAAACUCCCAUGAGUUUCAUGCCAUUAAUGGGAUGAUCUACAACUUGCCUGGCUUGAGAAUGUACGAGCAAGAGUGGGUGAGGUUGCACCUGCUGAAUGUAGGCGGCUCCCGGGACAUUCACGUGGUUCACUUUCAUGGCCAGACCUUGCUGGAAAAUGGCACUCAACAGCACCAGUUAGGGGUCUGGCCUCUUCUGCCUGGUUCAUUUAAAACUCUUGAAAUGAAGGCAUCAAAACCUGGCUGGUGGCUCCUAGACACAGAAGUUGGAGAAAACCAGAGAGCAGGGAUGCAAACACCAUUUCUCAUCACAGACAGAGACUGUAAAAUGCCAAUGGGACUAAGCACUGGUCUCAUAGCUGACUCACAGAUCAAGGCUUCUGAGUUUUGGGGUUAUUGGGAACCCAAAUUAGCAAGACUAAACAAUGGUGGAUCAUAUAAUGCUUGGAUCGCAGAAAAACUUUCAACAGAAUUUAACCCUAAACCUUGGAUCCAGGUAGACAUGCGAAGGGAAGUCCUGUUCACAGGGAUCCAGACCCAAGGUGCCAAACACUACCUGAAGCCUUACUACACCACCGAGUUCUUCGUGGCUUACAGCUCUGACCGGACAAACUGGCGGAUCUUCAAAGGGAACAGCACUAGGAACGUGAUGUAUUUUAAUGGCAAUUCAGAUGCCUCUACAAUAAAAGAGAAUCAGUUUGACCCACCUGUUGUGGCUAGAUAUAUUAGAAUCUCUCCAACUAAAUCCUAUAACAAACCUGCCCUUCGACUGGAGCUGCAAGGUUGCGAGGUUAACGGAUGCUCCACACCGCUGGGUAUGGAAAGUGGAAAGAUAGAAAACAAGCAAAUCACAGCUUCCUCACUUAAAAACUCUUGGUGGGGAGAUUACUGGGAACCCUUCCGUGCCCGUCUUAAUGCCCAGGGCCGUGUGAAUGCCUGGCAAGCCAAGGCAAACAACAACAAUCAGUGGUUACAAAUUGAUCUGCUCAAAAUCAAGAAGAUAACAGCGAUUGUAACACAGGGUUGCAAGUCUCUGUCCUCUGAAAUGUAUGUGAAGAGCUACACCAUCCAGUACAGUGACCAGGGAGUUGAAUGGAAACCUUACAGAGAGAAAUCCUCGUUGGUGGACAAGAUUUUUGAAGGAAAUAAUAAUAUCAACGGACAUGCGAAGAACUUUUUCAACCCACCAAUCAUUUCCAGGUUUAUACGCAUCAUUCCUAAAACAUGGAAUCAAAGCAUUGCACUUCGCCUGGAACUCUUUGGCUGUGAUAUUUAA